AUGAUCUUCAGCCCCUUCCGACCAUGCGAGGGCACUCCAACCUUCCAAGACGAAUACCGCGGCACCUACAUCCCAAACUUCAUCGAAACCUGGCACGGCCCGCAGAUCGUGGCGCCGGAUACCCCCUACGUCGCGGCGGCGGGCAAGAACAGCUUGCACUUCAUCGACACCCGGUUCGAAGCCAGCGUCGCGGAGCACAUAAAAACGCAAAUCGAGUGGGCGACUGUGAUGGCAGGGCCGGAGGAGGUCAUCGCUAUUGACGAGAUGGAAGCGACGGCGGAAGUGAGGAAUAGCUUGACGGGGGAGACGGUGUUUGUGUUUGAUCCGGUGUAUGCGAGGGUGCUUUUCGCGAGGGGUAUUAACAGGAGGAAUCCGGAGAUUAAGCUGCCUGAGCUUGACUUUGCUGGGGACUGGUUGGUGAAUUAUGAUAGUGGUCUGACGAAGAUGGAGGAUGUCUGA